CUCGAUAAAACAACGGUUGUGCCACCUGCUGGCACGUCAUUGUCCUCCUGGCCAAUCACACUAAUGUACCCGGAGAGACACUUCCCGUGCGCUCCUGGAGAUUCCACAGCCUUCCGUAAUUAGUGCCCGGUCCUUGGCGGGUACGCUGACCCGCGAACAGACUAGUUAAGCAAGGCGCGAGCGGCAAGGCUGGGCACACUGUCGGAUGGCUUCAAUGACUUUGUUUGGACUGACCUAUGAAACUGUGGCGAACUGUGGACUGCGUCCUUAUGCCAAAUAUAUCGUCCUCGGCUUUAUCCGUCAAUUAAUACCGUUGUUUGUAAGAGACACCAUGACCCAGUCGGAGGAUAAGCACUCACAAGUGGACGGCACAGAUACUGAAAUGGGGGUCAUAGACGCUGAAAUGCACUCCACUGAAAGGUGACUUCCAGCCACUUCACCUUCCCAAACUUUUGAAUAUGCCAGGACUUCAUGAUGAGUUCCAACAGCACAGACCCUGGCCUCUACCUGACCAUCAGCUCCCCAGGAAUGGGCAUCAUCUACCCAGACACCAACACUCUCCACAGGGACCCCUGGCCAGAGCUAACCAGCCCGGAUGACAAGGACUCCUUCCUCAGUGGCCUCUUCAACCUCACAGGCUCGCUCAAUGAGACGGUGACCUCUCUGACCUACGACCCUCUGGGGGGUCACACAGUGUGGCAGGUGGUCCUCAUUGUCUUCCUCACUGGCCUCCUGUCCCUGGUCACCAUCAUUGGCAACAUCCUGGUGGUGGUAUCCUUCAAGGUCAACCGCCAGCUCAAGACUGUCAACAACUACUUCCUGCUCAGCUUGGCCGUGGCUGACCUCAUCAUCGGGGUCAUCUCCAUGAACCUUUACACCACCUACAUCAUCAUGGGCCAGUGGGCCCUGGGCAACUGGGCCUGUGACCUGUGGCUGGCUAUUGACUAUGUGGCCAGUAACGCAUCCGUCAUGAACCUGCUGGUCAUCAGCUUUGACCGUUACUUCUCCAUCACCCGGCCCCUCACCUACCGCGCCAAGCGGACCACACGGCGGGCUGUCCUGAUGAUUGGCCUGGCCUGGUUCGUGUCCCUGGUCCUUUGGGCCCCAGCCAUCCUGUUCUGGCAGUACUUUGUGGGGGAGCGCACAGUGCCCCAUGAUAAGUGCUACAUCCAGUUCCUCUCAGAGCCCAUCAUUACAUUCUGCACGGCCAUGGCUGCCUUCUACCUGCCUGUCACUAUUAUGAGUGUGCUCUACUGGCGUAUCUACAGGGAGACACAGAACCGCUCGCAGGAGCUGGCUGGCCUGCAGGGCUCAGGGAGCCGAGGCAGGGGAGGGGAGAGGGCUCACUUCGUCCACCACCAGGCUGGUAGUGCCAGGAGCUGCAGCAGCUACGAGCUGACCCAGUCCUCCCAGAGAAAGAGCCCUGGCCGGGCGCUGGCCGCACGCUUCCACUGCUGGCCCAUGAUGCGCUCCUGGAGGCCUGGCAGCACCCGGCCUGGGGAAGGGGACGCUGACCACAGCAGCAGCGACAGCUGGAACAACAACAAUGCCAGGCUGUCAGUGGACCACUCAGGCUCAUCUGAAGACGAGGAGGGAAACGGUAGAGGGAUGAUGCCUCAGGACCACGCCAUCUUCUCCAUAGUCCUCAACCUGCCGGGGAUGAAGGCAGCCGUCAACUCCCACCUCACCUCCUGCGAGGACCUGGACCUAGCCUCAGAAGAGGACCCCCUACGGGGGGAGGAGGACAGCCGGGAUGGCCUCUCUACCACCACCACUACUACUACCCCUGAUGGGGCCAACACAGACAACAGCAGCUACCACCAACGCUUCCCCUCCCGGAUAUCCAAAGUCCAGUCCAUGCCUGCCCUCCAGGCCACCAGAGUGGGGCCGCUCUCUGGCUCCUCUGCCACCACCACCAAAUCACCCUCGGUGCCCAUCUCCUUCAAAGACGCAGCUCUAGCCAAAAGAUUCGCCUCCAGGGCAAGGACGCAGAUCACCAAGCGCAAGCGCAUGUCUCUGGUUAAGGAGAAGAAGGCGGCACAGACCCUCAGCGCCAUCCUGUUUGCCUUCAUCAUCACAUGGACACCCUACAACAUCAUGGUGCUAGUCAACACCUUCUGUAAUGGCUGCAUCCCCGAGGCUCUGUGGGCGCUGGGCUACUGGCUGUGCUACGUCAACAGCACCGUCAACCCCAUGUGCUACGCUCUGUGCAACAAGACCUUCCGCACCACCUUCAAGAUGAUACUGCUCUGUCGCUGGGACCAGCGCAAGCGGCGGAGGAAGCAGCAGUUCCAGGAACGGCAGUCCGUAGUGUUCCACAGGAGAAUUCCUAAAGACUCAACGUAGCGGGAUAUAGACCCAGUGGGCAUCUGGUGAUGAUGAUGAUGAUAAUGAUGUUAAUGAUGAUGAGUCUGGGAUCUAACAGGACAGUGGAUGGAUGAGGCAUCCUAAAGGUUCUGUCUGUGGUUUUUAACUGCACAGAGAUUCCCAGGGUGGCGGCCAUAUUGUUGCUGUGGUGUCUGAUGUUCUGACGACCUCCACAGUGACAUAUUCCUCUGUUUCUUCAAGAGAGCUCCUGUGGUGAAAGCUUCCUCUAGAUUGUUCCAGUUGUCAGCAUUUCAGAGAAGUGCAGCUGAAAGGACUGACAGUGAAAACCAAUAGAACAAGGGCUUAAAAUGCAAUGAGGGGACAAUUCAAAGUGCAAUUGAUACCUAGGGAGAUAAUAUGAUAUAAUAUGUGUUAUGGAUUUGGGGUUUUCCAUUUCUUACCAUUUUCUUCUCAGUGGUAGAGCUGUAUCGUACAGAGCAGUUGGGAUUUUCUAAGUAAACUGUACAUCUGUUAUAUCGCAUUGAAAGCCAAGUCCAAAACAUUGUGCGUCAAUAGACUGCAUCGUAUUGAUUUUGAGCUCCCUUUUGGCUGAGCUAGAUGUUUUUGUUCUUUUUUACUCUGACUUCUGUACAUUGCCUUCACCUUGGUUAUAGCUUUCUUGUGUCUUAUAAAAUGAGAGAAUUUAAAACAAAACGGUGUCCUAUUUGUGACAACCGGUGUUUCAAAGUUGAUGGUUAUUUUUGUGUAAUAAAUUGGUCUAUAGAUUUUCGUCUAUAGAUUGUGAGCCAGUCUGAAAAUAUUUCUGAGUACCUCAGUGAGCUGGUAUUGUGUUCAAUGUGAGUUGUGGUUUACAUGCUGGAGACAGUAAGUGCAUCAAUUUAUUCAAUUGUUGUUAAUGUAUCCGAGGUUUUUGAGUAAUGGUAAUAUGAUAUUUCUAACUUGAUACCUAAUGAUUAAUUGUACGCUAAAGAGAUUGGUCAUUAUGAAUUGUAAUGUUUUGAUUAUAUUUGAAAUAAUAUUUGAAAAGGUUUCUCCAUUUCUUCUCACUGGCUGUCCAAAUGUAAUUCCCUAAGUAAAAGAUUGGUCUGUGGUCUCUAGAUGAAGUCUCUAGCUCCUAGAGGAUUUAGCAGUGCCAGAGCAGCAUCUGCUGGAUGAAUAUAAUUCUACACUCUAGCAACUUCCAGCUUACUUCCAUCAGGGAAAUGCUGUUGUGGGUCCAUAAGACAGUGGGAGAUUCAGUUUUGGAUCAAAGUCUGUCCUCCAGUCCUCCGCCCUCCUCUCCUCGGUGACACGGAAACCGAAAAGUGGUAGGAGAGUUUCAAUUCAGAGGAUGCUCAGCUGCAUCCUUACACGGAAGAGUUCUGAAAUCUGCCACACACCCUUUUAAACAGCAGUUGUUUUCUCAGAGGAGAAAAGCAUGCACACAUUUUAAAAAGGAUAUGUUACUUAUCCUUUCAUCUAUAAAAUGUCUAGUUCAACUCGCUACAUGUUUAACACUUUACACUGGUAUUUUGGGAUUCCACCUCUGUAAACAUAAUUUGCAUGAUGUUGCAUUAGAGAGGAGAGUCUCAUUUCAUUUUAUAUCAGCGUCAUGUUUCCACAUUCUCAUCUUGCCUCCUCGCCUCAAUUCUCUAUGAGCUUUUUCUAAAGGAGGUGAGGAGAGGACAGAAGAGAGGAAUCUAGGAAAUCCAACAGAGAUUCUCCCAUAGCUGAGAAUAGGUAAGAAACUUAAAAGAAAAUGGUUAGACCAGUUUAGCCCUGCUACAUAUGGCAUAUGGAUGGUUAGACUAGUUUAGCCCUGCUACAUAUGGCAUAUGGAUGGUUAGACUAGUUUAGCCCUGCUACAUAUGGCAUAUGGAUGGUUAGACUAGUUUAGGCCUGCUACAUAUGGCAUUUGGAUGGUUAGACUAGCUUAGCCCUGCUACAUAUGGCAUAUGGAUGGUUAGACUAGUUUAUGCCUGCUACAUAUGGCAUAUGGAUGGUUAGACUAGUUUAGCCCUGCUACAUAUGGCAUAUGGAUGGUUAGACUAGCUUAGCCCUGCUACAUAUGGCAUAUGGAUGGUUAGACUAGCUUAGGCCUGCUACAUAUGGCAUUUGGAUGGUUAGACUAGCUUAGCCCUGCUGCAUAUGGCAUAUGGAUGGUUAGACUAGUUUAUGCCUGCUACAUAUGGCAUAUGGAUGGUUAGACUAGCUUAGCUCUGCUACAUAUGGCAUAUGGAUGGUUAGACUAGCUUAGGCCUGCUACAUAUGGCAUUUGGAUGGUUAGACUAGCUUAGCCCUGCUGCAUAUGGCAUAUGGAUGGUUAGACUAGUUUAUGCCUGCUACAUAUGGCAUAUGGAUGGUUAGACUAGCUUAGCUCUGCUACAUAUGGCAUAUGGAUGGUUAGACUAGCUUAGGCCUGCUACAUAUGGCAUAUGGAUGGUUAGACUAGCUUAGCCCUGCUACAUAUGGCAUAUGGAUGGUUAGACUAGUUUAUGCCUGCUACAUAUGGCAUAUGGAUGGUUAGACUAGCUUAGCCCUGCUACAUAUGACAUAUGGAUGGUUAGACUAGUUUAGCCCUGCUACAUAUGGCAUAUGGAUGGUUAGACUAGUUUAGGCCUGCUACAUAUGGCAUUUGGAUGGUUAGACUAGCUUAGCCCUGCUACAUAUGGCAUAUGGAUGGUUAGACUAGUUUAUGCCUGCUACAUAUGGCAUAUGGAUGGUUAGACUAGCUUAGCCCUGCUACAUAUGGCAUAUGGAUGGUUAGACUAGUUUCGGCCUGCUACAUAUGGCAUAUGGAUGGUUAGACUAGUUUAGCCCUGCUACAUAUGGCAUAUGGAUGGUUAGACUAGCUUAGCCCUGCUACAUAUGGCAUAUGGCUGGUUAGACUAGCUUAGCCCUGCUACAUAUGGCAGAUGGAUGGUUAGACUAGCUUAGCCCUGCUACAUAUGGCAUAUGGAUGGUUAGACUAGCUUAGGCCUGCUACAUAUGGCAUUUGGAUGGUUAGACUAGCUUAGCCCUGCUACAUAUGGCAUAUGGAUGGUUAGACUAGUUUAUGACUGCUACAUAUGGCAUAUGGAUGGUUAGACUAGCUUAGCUCUGCUACAUAUGGCAUAUGGAUGGUUAGACUAGCUUAGCCCUGCUGCAUAUGGCAUAUGGAUGGUUAGACUAGCUUAGGCCUGCUACAUAUGGAUGGUUAGACUAGCUUAGCCCUGCUACAUAUGGCAUAUGGAUGGUUAGACUAGCUUAGCCCUGCUACAUAUGGCAUAUGGAUGUUUAGACUAGCUUAGCCCUGCUACAUAUGGCAUAUGGAUGGUUAGACUAGCUUAGGCCUGCUACAUAUGGCAUAUGGAGCUGAAAAGUGGUGCUCUUUUCAUCUUACGUCACAAAGCCAGUGAUUUCCAUCAAGUUAUUUGACCGUGCAAACAGUGUGAUUUAAGGGGAUUUGUCUACAUGGUUUUAAUAAUACCCAGUGCUAAAACAAUGGAAUAGCUCCAUUUUAAAAUGUAUUGUCAUACUAUGUGAUGCACCAUGCUUCAGGCCUGAACCGGAUGAAUACCGUUCUAAAAAGAAAAUAUUAACAACCCGGCUUCUUUUUGUGUAUGGAUUUUGCUGUUUAAGUGUAUGUAUUACACUUAGGUUUGUAAAUGGAUAGUGAAAGCAAAUAACAUACAUGUACCACAGGCAUGUUGAGUGAUGACUAUGUGAUAUUGAGAAGAAUGGCAGAAUGCUACCGUGUGGGGUAACACUUUAUAAUAAUGUUCAGACAGGAACAUUAUUAUAAAGUGUUACCCAGUGGGGGAUGUAAGCCAGAUAAAGAUGAAAAAUUAGAGAAAUUAUUCAGUGUCUGAACUGCCAACGGAUAUUUCUUCUACUUUCAAUAUGUGAUACAGUGUUACUAUACUCCUGAUAAAGUGAGGUGUUUGUUUGGGAUGUGAACUACAGUACCUGAAGUAAGAUCAAAUGAAUAGCAAACUAUAACUUUUAUUGUUUUUUGUUACAUUUCAAGUAUGCUAAUCGUACCCAUGUUAUAAGUGAAUAAACAACAAAUAUUUUUAUUGUCA